CUUCACUACAGUUUUUUUCAUCUUAAGAAUCCAUUGCUUCCUCCUUGUAAAGUUAGGAUGGGGCUAGUCCAUUUGUUCUGCUUCCUCUGGUUUUGUCACCUCAUGCUGAUUUUAUCAUCAGGGCAUGGAAGCGGGUACCAAUCUAACUGUCCACCCUCAUUCACUUGUGGAAAUCGUGGAAUUUUUCGUUACCCUUUCACUAAGGCAGAACAACCCGACUGUGGCUUGAUAUUCAUAUAUGGUUGUGGUGGAAGUUAUUAUUCACCCAAAUUGAUCCAACUGGAGAAGAAUGCAAAAAACACAGAGCUAACUGCUGUCAUUGACCAGAAUACCAUUACGCUUUCUGAUCCAGAUUUUUACAAGCGUUUGCAACAUAAUGUUUGUGACACUUUGAACCACAACUACACUCUUCCUCCCCCUUCUCCUUUGGUUUCUUUUUAUAUAAAUUAUAAUGUAACUCUCUUCCAGUGCAACCAUAGCCACAAUUUCAAUCCCCCUUCAGAGUAUUUUAAAUACAACUGCCCUUCCUUCGAUAUCUAUUAUGACAGAAAGCAGCAUUCCAAUGUUACUAAAGAGAAAGCGCGUAGUUUUUUCUCAUCCUGCUCCCUACUUCAGUUUCCAUCUAAAGACUUGACUGAUACCGAAAACAUCUUAUCAUUUGUAUCUGGUCAGAUGGUUGUUAAAAUAGUAUUAUCUGCUGAUUGUGAAGAGUGCUGCAACCACAGAGGAGGCCAAUGUAGACUUAAUGCAAACAAUAAGUUCUACUGUCACAAUGGUACACUUCAGAUGAAUUUCUCAGAUCAUAUAUUCCAUUUGUUGAUGUACGGUUUACUUAUAAAGUUACUUUCAAAAUGGCUUCUGUUGCAGAGCCGAAGAAUAAGAGAAAUUAUUUUAAGCUGCUACUUGGACUUAUGUACUUCACAUCACAGCGAUGAACUAUUGCUUGUAUACGAAUAUGUUCCAAACCACACUGUUGAUUUUCAUCUCCAAGGUGAUCUAGCAAGAAUAGACACACUGCCUUGGCAUAUCAGGAUGAAAAUUGCCAUAGAGACAGCGAGUGUAUUGGCUUAUCUGCAUGCUUCUGGCAUCAUUCACCGUGAUGUGAAAACCAAAAACAUUCUCCUUACAAACAGCUUCAGUGUCAAAGUUGCAGAUUUUGGUCUUUCAAGACUAUUCCCCCACGAUAUCACUCAUGCAUCCACGACACCACAAGGGACACCAGGUUACGUUGACCCGGACUAUCAUCAAUGCUACCAGCUUACUAACAAGAGUGAUGUAUACAGUUUUGGUGUUGUGCUCGUUGAGCUAAUAUCAUCUAAGCUUGCUGUUGAUAUGAACAGGCAUAAGGAUGAGAUUAACUUGUCAAACCUGGCCUUAAAGAAGAUCCAGAAGGGUGAAUUUACUGAGCUGGUGGAUCCAAAUCUUGGUUUUGAUUCAGACAAUGAGGUUAAGAGGAUGAUAGUUUCGGUGGCAGAGUUGGCUUUUCAAUGUUUGCAAAGGGAAAAGGAAUUGAGACCUUCCAUGGAUGAGGUUUUGAGAUAG